AUGGACAUCUCUAGCGGCACAUCCAGUCCCACUUCGACUGCAACAUUGCAGCGUGAGAAUACGCAUCGGUCUCCUCCAACCACACCAGGCUCAAGUCGCUACUCCCCGAGAUACCAGUGGACUACCCAUCUGUCUGAAGACGCGGUCAGGCUCGUAGCUGAUCUCGACAACUUUCUGCCCCUAGGAUGUCUUUGCUUUGAAGGCCUACUUACUCCUGACGAGGAAGACAGUAAUAUCGGCGCGUGGCAUGAAAUAACGUCUACAGCAAUCCUGGGCCAGGAGACCCCCACCUCAUCAAAUCUGGCCAAGCUGCUUCAGUCUUGUUGGAUCCGCAUGCAAUACUCUCAAUGUUCCUACCGGCCACAAUGGUCCGUAUUCCGGAUUUACCUGCUAUCCGAAGACGUUGAGAUACAUGAGAUCGAUAGGAACAACCGACAUCUUCUUGCAGCCCUGGGAAACAUUCUAUUGGAGAUCAACACUGAAACUCGAGCAUGGAAUGGUCACUACAUACCGGAAGAAGCUUGUGCAUUUGACUGUUGGGCAACUCAGGAAAAGGGUAAUCCUAGCCUUUUCUACCUUUUCAAUCAAAUACCAUCUCCUGCGCCUUCGCCUGAAAAUGUCCAAAAGGGAUUCGCACGUCAAGCUCUUGAAGAUGUCCUCGGACGACGGUAUAGCAUCCAAGGUCUUACAACGUCAUUAUAUCCGUAUCAGCGGCGAUCCGCAGGAGCAAUGCUGCAUCGAGAGUCCACGCAGCAGCGUAAUCUUGACCCGCGUCUGGAAGAACGCGUCGCGCCAGAUGGGUCCACCUUUUACUACGGUCCAAGAGGCCUUCAAUUCUUUCGGGAGCCUAAGUUCUGGGAGACACCGCGCGGCGGUGUCCUCGCUGAGAGUAUGGGUUUGGGUAAGACUGUCAUUUGCUUGACACUGAUUCUCGCCACCAAGAAUCACCUUCCCAGCUUUCCAAAGCAGUAUUCGACGGUGCCAGUCCGAUCCAAGACUGGUAGCUUAUCUCAAAUGGCGAUUUCUGCGAUCAAUCGAAGUUCGUAUUCCUGGAAGGUCGAAGCUGCGCGGAUGCGCGCUUACGGUCAGAGGCUUCCUGAAAGAUGUGAACAGAUGCUGGAGGAAUAUCUCCCUAGAUACCAGAUUCCUGGAGUACGGCAUCGUUGGAAUCGAUAUACGGUCCUCCCUGCGCCGCAGGACAUCACCAUGGCACCGACGACCAUAAUUGUUGUGCCGGGAAAUUUGAUUAAGCAGUGGCGGCGAGAAAUCGACAAGCAUGUGGAGAUCGGUGCCUUGAAGGUGCUUGUCGUAGAUGAUCGGAAAGUGCUUCUUCCACCACCAGAAGAGCUGAGGACUUACGACGUGGUACUUUUCACUCGUAAUAGAUUUGAUUUGGAAGAUCAAGACGGACAAGAUAGUACGGGACGACGGAUGUCUACAGUACCACUCGUCUGUACGUGUCCGUAUAGAGGGGCAACAAGAGAUCGCAUGUGCACCUGCUUGAAAGAAGCAGAUUUGUACAGAAGUCCUCUUAAGAAGCUUCAUUUCAAACGUUUGAUCGUGGACGAAGGACAUUUCUUCUCGAACAAGAACACCAGUUCUACGAUUCGAGUCGCUAAGAACCUGAUCAAGGCUGACAAUCGAUGGGUCGUCAGUGGUACUCCGGCAAAGGAUCUACUUGGUGUGGACAUAGGACUAGAGAGAGCUGACAGCAGAGAAGAGCUACUGGAACGCCGGAAGACCUUCGACAGCAGACACGAUGUCGAGGGUGCUAUCGACACCGUCAAUGCAUUAGCUAGCAACUUUCUACAGAGCACACCAUGGCGAGCGAAUGACGCGAAGCAAUACAUUUACCGGCAUACAGAGUUCUGCAACAAAACAUACUCUGGCUUCAGUGUAUCUUUUCGACGGGUGUUGGACAACAUAGUUAUCAAGACUCGCCCGGAAGAUGUGGACAUCGAAAUCCCCCCGUUCACGCAUCAGGUGAAAUUGCUAGAGCCUUCCUUUUAUGACAAGCUCACUGCGAACCUUUUUACGCUGGUCCUUACCGCAAAUGCUGUCACGUCCGAGCGAACCGACGCAGAUUACCUCUUCCACAAGAAGAGUGCGAAAGACCGCUACCGACUAGUGUCCAACCUAAGACAAUCUGCAUUCUUCUGGUCUGGAUUCUCUGAAGCGGAUCUAGAUGCGAGCAUCAAGAACAGUACGGGUUAUCUUGCCAAAGAAGAUACUGGCUGUGGACCGGAAGAUCGACAGCUCUUGCUCGCCGCAUUAGAUUCAACAAAAGCCGUGCUUGCAUCCAAGGGUUGGCAGGCAAUGAGUCGGUCGCACGAGUUAGGUAUUUUCAUCGAUGACUGGCCUGAAGACAACGCCGAACACUGGGCUUUCGACGAAAGCACGGACCCUCUAUUGACCGGUAUAUCACAGCUUCUGGAAGCUCAGAAGUAUGUCAACCUACGAUUGCAUUUAGACGAUCCGGGCGAGGAAAUGUCUGGGGUGGGCAUCCGAUCGCUUGCUCCAAUAAGAGAUUCCGAUACCAAGGCUAAGGAAGGCGAUGAAGAUUCUCCAAAGGCAAAGGGCAAGACCGUGAACGCAAUUUUGACAAAGUCUGGCAUUAUCGCCUCGAGCCUCCGCGGCGAGCCGCGCAAGCGAAGAUCAUCAAUCACUAGCCCUGGAAAACCAACCACUUCUCGCCAUUCUCCGACCGCUAAACGUCGCAAAGUGUCAAGGUCGAAAGAAACAGCGACACCAUCGAAAGAGGUUGGACAUGGAGCCGUGAUGACAGACGAUGCGGCAAGGCUUUCUGACGAUUCGCCGUACAGCUGGACGAGGAUCGUGGGAACGACAUCUUCGAAGCUGUCCUAUCUAUUGUCGCAGAUACUAGAGCACUACUCCAAGGAGAAAAUAUUGGUUUUCUACACGGGAGACAACGCGGCCUGGUACAUCGCGCAGUGCCUUGAAUUGUUCAAUAUCAAGCAUGAGAUCUAUGCGAGAUCACUGUCUGGCGAAAAGAAAGCCCAGUAUGUGGAGAAUUUUCAAGAGAAGGAAGAGUUGAGAGUGAUGCUUAUGGAUGUUGGUCAAGCCGCCUUCGGACUGAACAUCUGUGCCGCAUCUCGAAUUUACUUUGUCAAUCCGAUCUGCCGACCUCACCUUGAGUCGCAGGCGAUCAAGCGAGCUCACAGGAUUGGGCAGCUCCGCAAGGUCACAGUUGAGACGCUUGUACUACGGGGCAGUAUCGAGGAGAAGAUGCUGGAUCGUAGCUGGGAGAUGUCAGAAGCGGAGCACAAGGAGGCAAAGGCUUUGGAGGACGAUUUGGGCAUGAAAGCAAUCAUCCAAAGUGCUCGACCUCUGCCUUUGGAUGAUGCUGAAGCAAGCCCCGGAUUCGCGAGAAUGGCUCCUCUUGAUAAACCAGAGCAAUUGUGGUGUCGAACGGGAUGGCGCGAAGGCACUGUGUCUCCUUCGCGGAAGAGAAAGCGAAGCGCCGCCCUGAAUGCUGUUGCCGGUGCGAAGGAAAGCGAGCGAACCAUGCACGAAGAAUCUGGCGAAAAUCACUCCCACCCGCAAGUGCAGAUUCAGCGGUACAGUGGCUCGAUAUCAAAAACCUCGGAAAGAAUUGCAGAGCAUUUGCAAGUCACUGGCAUUGAGUUUGCCGGAGAUGCAACGAAGUCUUGA